AUGUUCUUAAAUUCUGGAUCAAGGGGUGACAUGUGGGCGGUGGAAGUGAGUGGUGAUGGUGAUUGUGGUGGUGGUGGUGGUGGUGGUGGAGGUUGUGGUGGUGGUGGGGAAAAAGGUGGAAGUGAGGUGGGAGUGGAGGAGGAUGUGGUGGUGGUAUUGGUGGUGGAAGUGGAGGUGAUGGUUGUGGUGGUAGACAAUGUUAUUUAA